AUGUCUUACAAUCAUCACAAUCGAACUCAAGGGUAUGUCCCUUCCUACAACUCGCAGAAUACGGGAGCGGCGUACAUGACUAGACAAGGAUGGAGUAAUGAGAGCGAUCGGAAUACUACAAUAUCGUUUUCUUCAAAAAGCAGGUAUGUAAUGGAUUUAUUCAGUCACUCAGUUCGGUCAGAAAAAACACCUUAUUUAAUCGAUACAUUUCAGCUCGAAAAGAAUAUACAUAACACUAUUUAUUAUGCUUUUUCUACUACUCAUUGCUGCUAUUGUCAUCAUAAUUUUAUUUGCGUCCGGAGGUAAGGUUCCUGUAAGUUUUCAAUUCUCAAUCGAUAUUUCUCAGUUUUUAAUGGAGCUGAUCCGCUUCAAAAUCCCACCAGUUCACCACUUUUAAACCCAACUAUUCGGCCACCAAUCAAUAAUUUACCAACCGCCGGGUCGCCAAUAUUCUCACAGAAUCAGACGUAUUCGGGAUCUUUCACCAUACUCCGUCAAGCCAGUGAAAUAUACGACAUGAAAAACACAAAUACCUACUACUCUGCUUUUAACUUGAUUCAAAACGCGGUGAGACAUACUUUCAAAAACUUUCAAAAGAGAAAAAAAGUGAUUUGAGUUGGAUAAUGUGUUUGUGACGUCCAGUUUGCAACCAUAUGCUGCGCACGCAACUUUGACAGAUUUGCAAAACAGGUGAGCAAACUAUUCAUUUUUAUUGGAAUUAAACGUCAGUUAUUUCAGAGGGAACGAUUUGGCAGUCUUGUUUAGGGUCAAUAUGUUGGGAGGUGGAAGUGUAGACCAGAAUACUGUUGCUGGAGUCAUCAGGUAAGAAUCAUGACACAUCAACCAAAACGAUUUUUUUCAGGAACAGUCUGAACCAACUUCAAAGUCAACUUGGCGGAAACGCCCAAAUCGACCCAAACACCAUAUUUGUAUUUAGGUUAUUCACGCAGUAA